UUGUUUUGUGAUUUUAAUUUUGAUUUAUUUUUUAAUAUAGUGUUACAUGGCAUAUUGUUGUAUUUUAAUUGUUAAUUAAGAAGGGGUGAAUAAGAUAGCAAUAAUUUAUCUUUCUCAAAUUCAUUUCAUCUAAUCAAAUUUUCAGUCAUUCUUUGUAUAGAUGUGAUAUUACAUAUUGUACUAUGAUUAUUUUUGAUAGAUUUAUUUUUUAUAAAAUAAAAAAUUGCAAACGAAAAAAAAAAGAAGAAAAUGUACACUAAAGGAGCCCGUGCAAUGCACUCUAGGGUUUUCACUAGUAUCCUUGUAAUUGUGAAGAUUGUGAAGUAGCCGUGAUUAGCAAUCUAGGGUUUCAACUAGAGUGUCUCCGCCAUGAAAACAGAGCGGCAAAACGUCUCGGAGGAUGUUGUUGUCGUCACCGAACGCAAUAAGCGAUCGAAGACCUCAAACAAUAAUGGAGAACCGAUCCCAUUUGAUUUAACUGUCGAGAUUUGUUCGAGACUGCCAGCGAAAUCUGUAUCAAGAUUUCGCUGCGUAUCGAAGCUAUGGGGUUCCAUUCUUGGCCUCCCCUACUUCACGGAGUUGUUCUUGACCAGAUCGUUGGCUCGCCCACAACUAUUGUUUGCCUGCCGAAAAGACAAUCAUGUGUUUGUCUUCUCCUCACUUCAGCCUCAAAAUCUUGAUGAUAACAACGCCUCCAUUAAGAUCCCUACACUAAUGUUAUUUCUAUAUCCUUAUACCUCCUCUCUUUUAGCGGCCAAUUAUCAUAUGAAAAUUCCGUAUUAUGCCUCUUCAUUUAAAAGAUGUAGUUCUGUCAGAGGCUUGAUCUUUCUUGGAGAUGAGCGGAGUUUAAAUGGAGUGGAGCAUAAGGUCUCGGUUAUAUGUAACCCCAGCACCGGAGAAUCUUUGACCUUACCGAAACUAAAGACAAGGAAGAGGAUUGGAGUGAGGAGCUAUUUUGGGUAUGAGCCCAUCGAGAAACAAUACAAGGUAUUGUCCAUGACCUGGGGGAUAUAUGGAACACGAGACAUGGACUCUGAGGAGCAUCAAGUUUUGACAUUAGGAACUCGAAAACCGUCAUGGAGAAUGAUCGAAUGUUGGAUACCCCAUUCUCUUUAUCAUACAUACAACAAUGUAUGCAUCAAUGGUGUUCUGUAUUAUCCAGCGGUCAAUACGUCUUCAAGGGGUUUCAUAAUCGUUUCCUUUGACUUUAGGUCGGAGAAGUUCAGAUUUGUUGAAGACACAGACACUUCCAUUUCAUCAUAUUAUCGUCCACCUCUGAUAAACUAUAAUGGUAAAUUAGGUUCACUUGGGUCGUCUGGAGGAUUUGGCGGUAUCGGUGGAAGCUGUACAAGUAUUACGUUGCGGGUUCUAGAAGAUGCCGAAAAGCAUGAAUGGUCGGAGCAUAUAUAUGUAUUACCCGCUUGGUGGAAGUAUAUUUUUGGAGGGGGAUACACAGAUUUAUGCGUUGUUGGAGUGGCUCGGACAAAUGAAAUUGUGUUGUCGUGUCCCUUUCCAUCCACGCCUUUCUACGUUUUCUACUACAAUACAGAGAGAAACGCAAUCAGAAGAGUCGAAAUCCAAGGAUUGGAAGCGUUUAAGGGUCGUUCUGUUUACACCUUUCUAGACCAUGUAGAGAAUGUGAAUAUGAAGCUUCUGGAAGGGCUUUAAUCAUGACUUUUAUAACUUUGAGAUUUUUGUAACAGAGCUAGUUUGCCAGUUACUCUUUACUUUCAUCAAUUUUUCAGUUUUCUGUUAUGGAUAUAUCAUCUUCUAAUAUGCCAUUGGCUUCUUUGGACGCAUAAAGCUAUUCACAUUAUGACAUUCCAAAAAACCUCUUUAUUCAACAAAUAACCAAUAAAACAUGAGGUAUAUAGUAACUUUAAGGACUCAGAAAAGAGAUUCAAUAUUACAACUUGUUAUUGUCACAAUCUGAUUUACAUAUAAGACGAAAAGACACUCAUAAACACUAUAUCACCAAUGAAUCUAAAACUAGCAGAAGAAAAGACAAUCCUUGAAGUUGUUCAAUCUUCCGAUCAAUCCUUUGGACAUGAGGGCUUUGAUUACAUUACACCUUGGAACAAUCCUCUUCUGCAAGCUGUAUCCAAGUCCUGCAGGGUUCGAAACCACAGACUUUAGUGGCCAAAUUAUCUUCUUCACCAAAAACUCAGUCUUCUUUUCCACGGUCUCUGCAGACAAUCCAAAGCACAUAGGAAAGCCCUUGACUAUCAUCACACAUUGGUCUCAACGUAGUAGUAAAUAAU